CGACAGUACUUGAAUCCAGCGAAAGGUUACGACGGUCAUGAAGUCGAUUUGUAUUUUCCUGUCAUUACCAUUAGCCAGUUUUUCUUUUACAUGGGCUGGCUCAAAGUUGCAGAAUCUAUCAUCAAUCCUUUUGGAGACGACGACGAUGAUUUCGAGGUGGAGGCCAUUAUCAGGCACAACAAGGAGAUUGCUGAGCAAAUCAUAUCCAACAGCAAUAUCGUUCCAUGUUUGACCUAUAUCGACUUGCCCCCCGCACCACCUCCUACGAAACCGAAACUGCCUCCAGCAACGUACGCGUUGAACAUGCCAGAAAAAAUGAACGAGCUGCGAGAAGCUCUUUUACACUAG